GCUCUUGCUGUAGUAGAUGUUGUGCGGGAGCAAUUGUUCACUGGAUAAUUGCUUUGAAAUAGCUACAGAUGCACUUUGGAGUCAGGACAAACUCGAAUGGAGCUUAUCAUCACCAGAAACUUUCGUCUGAAAAUGAUCGAUCAAGUGAGGUUAAUCUUGGAAAACUAUUUUCAUUGUUUACAGCGAUUGGUUGAUGGCUCAGAGUGCUCCAUGAGAGCAAUUCAAGACACUCCCAGAUGUGAGACAAUCAUGUCAUGGUGGAAGUGACCUAAGCACAAGAAGCUCCUGCAAUCGACAGAGCAGCUCAGCUAUAUAGGUAACUUUAGCGCAUUGUGGUGGAUCCGUGAUCAAUGGUGUUACAUGGUCCUUUAGCCAGACAAGAUCCUUGAAAAUGCAGAUCUCCAAACGGAUUCGACGGAUGAUCAUCGUUCUGCUCAUCCUGACUUUGAACAUCACACAUGGCCUGAAAAUCCUGGACGAGCUUCUUCACUUCAAAGAGAAUAUUAUCCAAGGCGUCAAGAAUAUCUUCAAGAAGGAUGAUGAUUGCGGUUGUCCGUGCCGAGAUUAUUCUGUCUCCCAUUGUGAGACCACUUAUGUACAAAAAUGCCACCAAGCUCAUUACAACGAGGUUUGCGAAUCGGUUCCCGUGUACGUGACUCACAAAGAGAAGGUGACCGAGUGUCAGAAGUGCAAAAAGUAUUACGAAACGGUACCAGUGACCAAAUGGGUCACCGAAUGCAACCCUGUCUACGAUGAGAAGUGUCACACCAAAUAUUUGUCACAUUGCUCUUCCGAGACACGCUGCGUGAUGAUAUACCAAACCAUUUGUAAAACUGGUUACGAUGGAUACGGACAGCAUUGUACAAACGAGCCGAGGAACCAUUGUUAUCCCGAGACCAAGUGCCAUAAAACUCCUCAAACCAAUUGCGUUCCAAUCAAGAAGGAGUCCUGUUCCAAAGUUCAAAGAGAGGUCACGGAACAACAGGAGCGCUCCCAAUGCCUUCCAUUCGAAAGAAGCCAAGCCACUGUGCAAUCACUAGCCGACCAAAACUCAUGUCCCGGGUCCGGAUUUGAGGCGAUUGGAUCGGACGGCAGCCUUAUCAAUGCCGGUUACGGCGAUCAUGUGGCCCAUUAUGGACCCGACAUUUCCUCGAGUGGAACCGGACCAUCCGGCUAUCUGGCGCCUUCUGCCACUGGAACCGGACUAGGGGGCGGCUACUCCGCACCCGGCCCUUCUGUCGGAGGUAAUCAUUUGAUCCCUCUUGACUACGGUCAAGACGCAGAUGUGAACCUCUUUGGCAACGGUAUUUCUAAUUCUGUCACUGGUGCGGGUUACGACGACUCUAACACAUAUUCCGGCCAUGACAGCAAACAACCCAGACGCAAACAGCCUCCUCAUCUCAAUCGACCUCGAGAUGUGCCCUUGGGUCCAGGAGGGGCUUCUACUGGAACAAGACCGACUGUGAAACAAAACCCUCUCACUCCAACUUCAGGUUUAAGGGGCCCUUUCCCAUUGACAGGAGGGUCCCAAUACCCUGACAGCCAUGCUCACACCGGAUCUGAUCAAGACAAUCCAUUUCUCAGACCAACUAACUUGGGCCCAGAGCCAACACUUCUGACUGGGCCUGUUUCAGAUGGCAUUACUAAUCCCAGUUCACCUUCGUCCGAUGGCAUGACUAACUCACUUUAUCCUGUCCUCGCAAGUUACCCAACCGGGGGACAGGGUCCCUUUAGUGAGCUCUCAGCUUAUGGGGCUCCCAAAGAUCUCAAGUCACGCCCAACGAUCGUGAGCUCGCCCGGGUUCAAUCCCAACUUCUUCAAUCAAGGUCUAGGGUCCACUCAUUAUACGCCCUCAGGCACUGGUUUCGCCCCGCCCUCAGACGACAACUUGUUUGUGAAGGGCACUAGUGGACCCAUAAGUAGUUUAGAGCAUCCCACGCCCCCACCGAUCAGUGGGAGUGGUUCGGGGAGUGGGAUUUCGUCAACCAUUUUGACGGGUGAGCAUGCGGAACAAGGUUAUCAAAUAGACGCCAGUGAUGGUUACGGAAUCACUAGACAAAUCAAAGGGUUGACAGACUCCCUCUACGAUUCAUUCGACGAGUUCAUGCAUCCCAAAACUCAAUUAAAGCGUGAAAACAAGGACAAUCCGGACCCUCUGACUCUGACAAAUCCGUUUUUGAGACGGCAUAAAGCCACCAAGAAUCGUCGACGGAAGUUAAACCGACGGAAAAACGUGGUGGGAUCCUUCUCCGUUGAUGAAGACGACGAAAUUUUGGGAUGGAUCCCAAUUAAUCCUCCCAUGGUCUAGACGCUCAGCAGCCGGUUGGCCAUACUAAUGGAAUCAAAACCACCUGGAUCUUGAAUUCAAUCCAUCGACAUUGUAAAAAAAACACCAUCUGUUGUACCGAACUUGGAUGUAAAUACAAAAUUUUAUUUUUAAAACUUAACACUGCCCUUUAAUCGG